CUUUCUUCUCAAUCCCUAGCCCCUUUCUCUCAGAAACUCCCUCGUCGUCGACGCCGUCGCAGCACCGCGACUCCGACGCCAAUCUCCGCCGUCGUUCAAUCCUCUCCCUCCGUCGCCAAGGAGUACAGAGAAAUGGUGUCCGAGUUAAUCAACGCGAACCCUAUCAUAUACGAGAAGAAACAGCGUCGUGCUCGCACUGCUCCGUCUGCUUGCGAUGACGACUGUGCUCUCGAAUCAAUCGAUGAACUGGAGGUUUUUGAUCAUAUAAGAGAUAUCAAGGAUCCUGAGCAUCCAUACUCCUUGGAAGAGCUCAAGGUGAUCACAGAGGAAGCAAUUGAGCUCGAUGAUCAACGUAGUUAUGUUAGGGUUACAUUUACUCCAACGGUGGAACAUUGCAGUAUGGCGACGAUUAUAGGUCUUUGCAUACGGGUCAAGCUCAUGAGAAGCUUGCCUUCCCGGUACAAGGUGGACAUCAGGCUAGCUCCUGGAUCUCAUGCAACUGAAGCUGCAGUUAACAAACAACUAAAUGAUAAAGAGCGUGUGGCUGCUGCACUGGAAAACCCAGGCCUUGUGAGCAUGGUUGAUGAAUGCCUUGCUCCAUCUUAUGAUUGAAGGAGCUCUUUUCCUUCCAGUGCAACAAGACUGACUGGACUGGGAAAGGUUGAAACAAAAGGUGAGGACCAUGGAAUAUUUUGGAGGAUGGAAGUUGGAACCAAAUAGACGAGAACAUGGUUUUAUGUUGCGUUGAAGUAUAGAUAUUUGAAGUUUUAAAAUUAUUUGAUAGGUUUGUUCUGACUCUUCUCUGGACCCCAGUGGCAGUUUGGCAGAGCUCUACAAGCACCCUGUUGCACUUUUAUUUUUGUUCAAUAGUAAUAUGUUAAUUUCAAUCCCAA